CGGGCGGCGGAAGUAGGAAACUGGGAAGGAAGAGGGAAAGGGGCCUGGCUGUGCUAUGCGAAGGGCCCACGUUUCUGUUGUGGGAAGCUCCAGGAGGUCGCACGUGCGUCCGAGCCCAAGCCCCUCCCCUCCACUCCCCUCCCCGCUUGCCCCGGAGCCGCCAAACGGCCGGCUUCUUCUCGGCCCGCCGAGAUGGCGCUCGACCCCGCAGACCAGCAUCUCAGACAUGUCGAAAAAGAUAUUUUGAUCCCUAAAAUAAUGAGAGAAAAGGCCAAAGAGAGGUGUUCUGAACAAGUUCAAGAUUUUACCAAAUGUUGCAAGAACUCUGGAGUUCUUAUGGUAGUAAAAUGCCGGAAAGAAAACUCUGCAUUGAAAGAAUGUCUGACUGCUUACUAUAAUGAUCCAGCCUUUCAUGAAGAAUGCAAAAUGGAAUACCUGAAGGAAAGGGAAGAAUUCAGAAAAACUGGAAUUCCUGCAAAGGAAAGGCUACAGAAGGUUCCAACAAGCAUGUAGGCAGAUACUCAAAUGACAUUCAGGAACUCUAAUAUUCAUGGAAGUCAUUUUAUAGUAUAAAUCACCUUAAAUAAUGAACUCAAGCAUGUAUGUUUGCUUUAAUUAUGGAAAUACUGAAAUAAAUAUUUUAUUUCAAA